CUUUCUUUUGAUUCCUUAAAUGUAGUAUUUCCAUCGCUCUUCCUGCGUUGUGUCUUUACAGACAACAGGACGAAAACAAAGGUGCUCAGUGAGUCCUCCUCCGAGCAGACACGAUCUUUGGUUGAGCUAGCCGGCUAACUGUUAGCUGAGAGAGACGCCAUUAGUUGGGUGAAAAUCAGGCUUUGGCCACAGGGUGAAACGCGAUCUGUCUCUGGGUUUGGACUCGCUUCCCUCCGAGCUGCGAGUAGAUUCCGGUAGAAGUCGGGUCCGUGUGUGCUGUCGAGCUGUCCCUCUCAUGAUUUUAGCUCCUUUUUUGAAGUCGGAAGCUGAUGUGAGCUGCGCAGGACUUCAUUUCCGACUGGGUUAGCAUUAGCAGCGCUAGCCUUAAAACGCCCGUUUUGCGGAUAAAAGCGGAGGAUUUGUGCGAGUUUUAACUGCCAGCCAUGGCGGCGGCGAACAGCGGCAAGACCUAUUCGUUCAAGGUGGUGCUGCUCGGGGAGGGCUGCGUGGGGAAGACGUCGCUGGUGCUCAGAUACUGCGAGAACAAAUUCAACGACAAACACAUCACAACUCUACAGGCGUCCUUCCUCACAAAGAAGCUGAACAUCACAGGAAAAAGAGUAAACCUCGCCAUAUGGGACACAGCGGGUCAGGAGCGCUUCCACGCCUUAGGUCCCAUCUACUACAGAGACUCCAAUGGAGCCAUACUAGUGUACGACAUAACAGAUGAAGACUCCUUUCAGAAGGUGAAGAACUGGGUGAAAGAGUUGAGGAAAAUGUUGGGGAACGAGAUUUGUUUAUGUAUAGUAGGUAAUAAAAUAGAUUUGGACAAAGACAGACAUGUUUCAGUGGAAGAGGCUGAGAGUUAUGCCGAGUCGGUGGGAGCCAAACACUACCACACAUCAGCCAAGCUAAAUAAAGGCAUCGAGGAACUCUUUCUGGAUCUGUGUAAAAGGAUGAUGGAAACUGCUCAGGCUGAGGAGAGGUUGAAGGGCAACGGAGCCAGCCAAUCAGCAUCAAGUAGGCGGGGUGUACAGAUUGUUGAAGAUGAACCACAGGCCACGCCCGCUGGAGGCUGCUGCUCCUCUGGCUAACACACACACACACAAGCACACACACACACACCUUCUCUCUGUGCUUGCAGACAUAAUAUCCACACACACAUUUUCCAGUGUCUGUCGGUCCGCUCUACUGUAAUCUGCUGUGUCCAUUCAGCGCCGCCUCUGCUGCUAAGGAGCAUGGGAAAUCAUAUUUAAAUUUGUUUAAUCUGUGUUCCCUUCAAAAUAAAAGUACCUGGAGUCCUUAUGAUUAAAAGGAGUGUGUGUUCAGUGAUUAAAUCACUUUCUUUAAUGAUAAUAACUCCCCAUGUUAGUUUGUCGUUGAUAAACGUCCAUCUGCAGCUGUUUGUGUGUUUGUACUAAACAUUAUUAAUAAAAGACAUGAAAUCAU